AUAUUUUCUGCUCAGUUGUGCUGUAUUUGCCGUGACAUCAUCGUUGUUUUUAUUUCUGCCCUUUGUGCAGGAAAUCAUUGAUUUUUGGCUAAAAGAAUCCCAAUUUGGGUCCAAAACCCAUUCAGAGCGAUGGAACAGAUCCUCAAUAGAAAACGAUCACGAGAGGAGGAAGAUGCUUCAAUGGACUUUAUGCCCCUGUCCAAGCGAAUAAACAAUCUCCAUCUAACAGCACAGACCCUGCCCCAAAUCUACGACAGUAACAGCUCAAAUUCCGAUGCAAUGUGCACACAGAAUUACAGUCAAACUGCAAAUUUCUGCCCGGAAAAUCCAUCAGCAGCCACAGCAUCCUUCUUCAGUAUACCAAAACCCAUGGAAAUGAGGCAAGAAGACCUCCCGCAUCCACUACAUCUGACAGAAUACUGCCCAGAGCUGAGUAUUCUCGAGAAUCCGCACUAUUUCCUGAAAAAUAAACUUCUAUUUGAGUUGCAUCAUCAGCGACUAAAGCGCUUCCAGUGCUUCAAUUUGUAGAUCUGCGUGAUGACCAAUACAUUCAUUUCUUGUGAAAAUCUGUUUGAAAAAAGAAAAUUUCGAGGAAUUUAUGC